UCAUUGUACUGGAUCGUAGAUGUACGAGUACCAUGUAGACAGCAAGAGGCAAGACUACUACAUGACUUUGUAGGACUACUAGUUGUUCAGUCAGUAACACUCACUGGAGCAGUGCAUAGCCUGGUGUUGGCCAUUAGGUAUUUCUGGUAUUUGCAGAUUACUUGUAUGGAGUCGACCCUGGUAGUUCCACAUGUAUCAAAGGAGGCGAAAUCGCCUGUUUGUGGUGCGACGUUAAAUAAACUUCUACUUCUAGUUACAUAGAGGAGAGUCGUGUUUUGCUAAUCGGUUGACGUUCGUUAGCUAGCGGUGUUUUGAUCUUACUCGUACAAACUACCCCAGCGUAGCGUGCACUGUGACGAGCAAGCUGUGCAGUGUACUGGACAGUCAUAUGGAAGAACCAUACAAGGUCACUGAGAUAGCUCGCCACAGCUAGUCACUAUGGACGCUAAAGCCCUCGCUGACCAUCUAACCAACUUCUACUCUGGAAAGACAGCAGCACGUCGACUCGCCGAUGAUGAAGUUGCGGCAAACGUCAUGUGCAGGGUGACCAUGGUACAAAGUGGUACUGUGCCGACAAGGCUGAGUGAGGCAUCAGGACGGCGCACGGCGUUCGUUGCCGGCCGAGAUACUGCCUGCCGCGUUCUGCCAUGCAAGUCACCGUAUGAUGUCCUGCUCGCCCUCGGUCUAACACGCGAGUUCAUCACCCUCAAGUGCGAGGUGGACAAGAAUGAUGCAUGGCUGCUGCUCUUCCAGGCCAAGAUUGUCAAAUGUAAUAACAGUCAUGAUGCUGCUCUUGCCCAGGCUCAUCAACAAGACGUGCCCCAUGACAAACCCGCAGACGCUCACUUGCCGCAGUGCGUGCCAGCAACGUGGAGCGGUAUCGUGGAGCUUUGCCGCCAGUUCUACCCCGGUGCCGUGCCUGACGUGAUGCGGCAUCUGAGCGAGUUCCGUGCGCGCUCAGUUGCCGAUUACGAGAAGGCGCACGGCGUGAAUUUUCUCUCAAUAAAACGAUCGCCCAGCCAGUUAAUGGACUAUAGCAGAUUCAUGGCACUUGCAGCUCCUCGCUCGGCCUGGCAAACGCGUCUUUUUCUCUACUGUGAAUUACGCCUCUUGGAGCUCUUCACUGGUCAAGGGUUUACGAAGAAUGAGUCGGAUGCUGUCACAGUGGGAAAUGAAGACCAUUGGCCGUGUCUCCGAGAAUACGUGUGUGAAAAUGCCGAGCUGGCCACACAGCUGAGCUCCGGUACGGCAUCUCUGGUCAAACUGCAAGUAGUACUGCCGGAUGAACUGCAGUAGUAAUUAUUACAAUGGUGAUGUUUGUUUGAAAAGGGUUUGCUCCCCACACUGGAGCUCAUGCUACUAGUAUUUGUUUGUUUGUUUAGCUUCAUUUUCUUUCACCAUAGGCACAGGAGAAAUGCCUUCUCACUGGGCGUAUUGCCACAGUUCUCGCAAAAUGAUGGAGAUGUUUUUUUUAUGUUCACCUUGAAGUUGAUUUUGAAGCAGUGAACUCA